AUGCUGGAUUUGGAACCAUUUGAGAUCAUCGACGAAGUUAUUGUGGAAAAUGAUGGAACUGUGGAUUUAGCUUCAAACAAUGAAAACGUGAUUGCACUUAAUUCAAAUGCAAGCCCAAUCGUCGAUAUAAGCCAAGAUGGAUUAAAGAAAGCUGAUCUGCUGAAGAAAACUGCCCUAAACGUUGUGCUGCGAUGUGAAGAAACGAUAAAUAAAGUGGAUAAGAAACACGAUUUGACAUUGUUAUCAGCUAAUGAUUCGCCCAAAUUCGAUAUCAUGAACAAUCAUAAUGACUGGAAGACGCGUAACAAGAGGUUGAAACCAUGGCGCGGUAGUAGAGCAGAUAGGAAGGUAAAAAAGGAGCCGAUGGACUUGCUCGAGAAAUAUGAGGAAGUUCCACUGAUAUCGCUGAACGUCACAAACGAGUCACAAGGAGGAAAGGUUAAAGCAUUUAUUGGACCGUGCCUCAUUUGUGCAGAACCUUCAUAUGGAAAACAUUAUGGAGUGGUCGCUUGUCUUGGAUGUAAAACAUUUUUCCGACGAGCCAUCGUGCAAAAGCAAACCGACGAAUGUCAGAGAAAUGGUGCCUGUUCGCCCGAAGAGAACGCGAAGAAAAUUUGUCGAUCUUGUCGAUUGAGAAGAUGUUUCGAAGUUGGUAUGAAAAUUGAAGCUCUUCAACCACGACGUGAUCUCAUCGGUUUUCGGAAAUAUCAGCGAAGAAUUAGUGGAAAAGGGAAAGGAGUUGAGAACAAAGAGCCGCCAGCCGUCCAAAAUGAUAGCCCUAGUGGGCAAGUGAGUCCAUCAGGUAGUGAUACAUCAAGUGGGGAGCACCUCGAGCUGAUGGGCCGUUUGACCCACAUCGAUAUGUUCAUCAGAGAGAAAAAGGGAGAAUGGAUCAAAGCCGAUGAGGAUGCUAGAAAGCUUGCGUAUCAAGAUGAGAAAUCGCACAAGGAGGACGAUGAUAUUGGUCGGAGGAUAAUUUUGGCGCGUGAUGUCUACAUUAUUACACAAUUUGAUAUGCAGGCGAUGAUCCAAUGGGCCAACUCUCUUCCCGUCUUUGUUAAUCUUGCCCUGAAAGAGAAAGAAGCUUUAAUAAAACGCUUUGCGAUGCCUUAUCACAUUCUCGAGCUCGGCUACUACACGGCGACGACUGAUGUUAUGAAUGCAUGGCUCUACCCUAAUGGAAGUUGUAUGCCAAGGAAUGUGGCUGCUUUAGCUAAUCAGGAUGAAAUUCCGGAAGAUCGGAAAUGGAGGCAGGAGAAACUCUACAAACAAAUGACCGAAUGUUGCAUUGAUGAGGUAUGUGAUCCCUUACGAAAACUUCAACUUUUACCUGCCGAACUCGUUACCCUGAAGAUCAUCAUGCUUUUACAGUGUGGUACAACUCAAAAUGAAGACCAGUCCGACUUGUGUGACGAAUCGAGGAAACGAUGUGCUCAUUUCAAGAAUCAAGUGAUUGCUUCACUCUUCAAAUACUAUGAAAGUGUAAAUAUGACCAAUCAUGAAGAACGAUUUGGAAACGUGGUGUUGAUGAUUUCGGGAAUCAGCUCGGCAGCGGCUGCUAUGCUCGAGAGUUAUCAGGUGAUGCGCCUCUUCAAUAUCGUUCAAUUCGACCGGAUCUCCACUCAACUUCUUUUCAACACCGAAGAA